CUUUCGAUCUUCGCCUUUGGCUCUUGGGUGUCUUUAUAAACACAUCGGGAGAAAAUAAAAUCUCAGUUUUUUCCCAUAGAAAUCUAAUCGGGAAAAAGAUUUCUCCGAUCGUCUCCGAUGGCUUCCUCGGGAUCCUCCCCCGACGAUUUCCAGUCUCGAGUUGAGAAAAUCUUCGGAUCUCUCGCCUUCUCUCGCUCUCCGUCGUCGUCGUCCUCUUCCGGGUCUCCUUCGGCGGCGGCGAUGUGGUCUCUACCCGACGGAGACGUGGAGAAGCGGGAGUGGACGAGGGAUCAAAGCGCUUCGUACGAUAGGGGCGAAACUCCAUGUGCGUCGUCGUUCGAUGAGCUGUUGAAGCAGCAGAGGAGCUCGAAGAAUGUUCGGAAGCAGUUCGAGGAUGAUGCAGAUGCAAAUGAUGGUCAUGGCGAUGGCCCGGUGCGAGGGGAAGACGAUGAAUUUGGAGAUGAAUGGAGUAUCAGAUCCUCCAUUGGCUUAGACCGUACUCUCGAUAACGAGGAAGAAGAAGAUGAUUAUGACAAAAUGGCUUUAGGCAGAGAGAAUACUGAGGAACGCCUGUAUAUGAAGGAUCUUACCGAUCAGGGAUCUUCUCUCGGGUCUCGGGAUAGACUUGCUAAAUCGUCUGAUAAGAUUACCAGGGACCCUCGUGCUAACCACGUCGCUGCAAAACUUAGGUUGAAGGAAGACGAAGCCGAGGCUAAAAAAUUCAGCUCUUCUCAUAAGCAUGGCUCGGGAAUGGGAGAAAGUCACGGAGAAUCACCCGAAGAAGUUACUGCACCUAAACCUAUACUCAAAAGGAAGGAUACUAGUUCAGAAACAAGGUCAAGCAAACGAGUCAGAUUUGAUCUUGGCUCGGGAAGUGGUGUUGAAGAAACUACAGAGACGACUGAAGACAUCUCUACGAGUCCGUGUUCUGUAGAUAACUCUGAAUCAGAAGGUGUAUCCCAUCUGGGUGAAACCCGCAAUCAGAUUCCGGAUUACUUAAUGAACCCUUCGAGGUAUACAUGUUACAGCUUUGAUUCAUCCGGCAAUGAAAAUGAGAAGUCCACAACGGAAGAGUACAUGGACACGCCCAAGUUCGAUGAAGGGGGGAAAUCUUCAGAACCGGAAUUGUCGGAGUCUCGUUCAGGUGAUGAUAUGAAGAAGGUCACCUUUAUUCCGAGGAGAAAGCGGAAUGACGUUAGGGAGGAAAAUAUGCAAGAAACCGAAGAUCAGGGUAUGCCAACAAUGGGAAUUGCGGUCGGAGAGGAAGCAGUAGAUGGUGGACUCGAUGAAACGGAAGACGAGGACCGUGGAACGGGUGAAACGGAGAGGACAAGGCAAGUUCGUCAAUAUCGUGCCAGGAAAAGUUCGGAUUGAGACGGAUGCUUGAUCGCUACACAGAAUUUCAGAAGUCGAUCCAGUCUGUUUAAAUCAAACAGUCACUCCCCAUGUAAUGUUUUUCUUUUGCACAUUAUUACAGUUGCUGGUAUGCAAGUUUUCAUUACAGUAGGAAUCCAUCAAUGUCUGAAAGAUGGCUCAGAAGGGCAUUUCUCACCAAAGAAUCUUCAGAAGAUUAUUUCCUCGACA